AACCCACACGGUUACGGGAGAACCGUCCAAAAUCCUUACAGGCAGCAGCAGGAAUUGAACCUAGGUAACACAGACGGGGGCCAGAGGAACGCUGCAGGUCAGGAGGCGUCCAUGAAAAAUACUCAACAUUUUGGGUUAAUCUCCAAGAGGGCCACAGCCUUGUCGUGGUUUGGAGGCGUGUGUGCCUCAAUGACCCGGAGAGCUAUGCUGGCUGGGGUCAGGCCUUUUUGCUUUGGCUCUUGGUAGGGUCACCCAAUGACAAAACAGGUCAAAGGGUAGAGGUCGGACUAAGAGUGGUCCACCAGUCCUCCAGUUUCAGGGCUAAUGACCCCGACUGGUCAAACAAAAUUGUUACGGAAACAAAGACUCCGUCUACAGCUGAGAGCAAUGGCAUUUGUGAGUCCCCACCCGGGACUUGCACGACAGACAGUGGAGAAAACUGAGAUGAAGCUGCUGACAGGAUGAAGGAAGCCCUGAACACUGCCGGAGGUGGAGGACCUUCACUGUUGCCCCAAACACCCGCGGCAUAACCGGCAGAAUGGACUUUGGUCUGAGGCCCUCCAUCAGGAUUCUGAGCCCUAGUCAAUGGUCUGGGCCCAAAACAUUGACUCGUUAUUCCUGCUCAACCUACUAAGUUACCCCAGCGUUUCUGAGCAUCACUGUGGAUUUCCAGCAUCUACAGAAUACCGUGUGUUUGUCCCGUCCAGCUGCAAUUCCUCCUGACGGAGGGUCUCGGCCUGAAGCGGUGAUUGCCGACCUGCGGAGUUGUCCCUGCAAAUCUGCGCGAUUCCACCAGAGGUCGCCACAGGACCGGGAAAUAGAGAAGAGCAAUGGAGAUACUGACAGGACACUGGAAUGCUCCUCCUGUGGGAGUUGGGAAGGCGGGGAGACCUCCCAUGUCCCUGAUGGCUACACCUGCAGGAAGUGCAUCCAGCUGCAGCUUCGAGCAGAUGUCAUGGCGUCCACAGUAUCGCAGCUCCAAGUUCCGGAACGUCUAUGGCAAGGCGGCCAGCCGGGAGCACUGCUUCGAUGGCAUCUCCAUCACCAAGAACGUCCAUGACAACCACUUCUGUGCCAUCAAUCCCAAGUAUCUUGCCAUUGUGACCGAGUCUGCUGGCGGGGGCUCCUUCCUCGUUAUUCCACUGGAGCAGACAGGACGGAUUGACCCACUCUACCCCAAGGUCUGUGGUCACCAGGGAAACGUGCUGGACAUUAAAUGGAACCCAUUUGUGGACAACAUUGUAGCCUCCUGUUCUGAGGACACUUCAGUGAGACUCUGGGAGAUCCCAGAAGGAGGUCUGAAGAGGAACAUGACUGAGGCUGUGUUGGAACUGUACGGACACAGUCGGAGAGUUGGCCUCAUUGAAUGGCACCCCACCACCAAUAAUAUCUUAUUCAGCGCGGGUUAUGAUUAUAAGAUCCUGAUCUGGAACCUAGAAAUUGGUGAGCCAGUUAAAAUGAUCGACUGCCACACCGACGUCAUUCUCUGCAUGUCCUUCAACACGGAUGGGAGCCUCUUUGCCACCACCUGCAAGGACAAGAAGCUGAGGGUCAUCGAGCCUCGCUCCGGCAAAGUGCUACAAGAAGCAAGCUGCAAGAACCACAAAGUGAACCGCGUGGUGGUCCUGGGGAACUCAAAGAGGCUGCUCACCACCGGAGUGUCGAGGUGGAACACCAGACAGAUAGCUCUCUGGGAUCAGGAAGACUUAUCAAUGCCAAUAAAAGAAGAAGAAAUCGAUGGCCUCUCGGGGCUCCUGUUCCCCUUCUACGACGAUGAUACACACAUGCUGUACCUAGCUGGAAAGGGUGAUGGGAAUAUUCGAUACUAUGAAAUCAGCACCGAGAAGCCAUAUCUCCACUACCUGAUGGAAUAUCGCUCGCCGGCCCCUCAGAAGGGAAUGGGUGUGAUGCCAAAACACGGGCUGGAUGUGUCCAUCUGUGAGGUGUUCCGGUUUUACAAGCUGGUCACGCUGAAAGGAGUGAUUGAACCAAUCUCGAUGAUUGUGCCAAGAAGGUCUGAAACCUACCAGGAAGACAUUUACCCAAUGACACCAGGGACUGAGCCUGCUCUGACAGCAGAAGAGUGGCUAAGUGGAAUGAACAGAGAUCCGAUCCUAAUGUCUUUGAAGGAAGGUUACAAAUCCACAAAUAUUGCUUUCAAGCCACCAAAAAAGGACAAGAAGAGUGUGGUGGUGAAUGGAAUCGAUCUAUUGGAAAACGUACCACCUCGGACAGAGAAUGAGCUUCUCAGGAUGUUCUUCCGACAGCAAGAUGAGAUCCGAAGGCUAAAGGAAGAACUGACGCAGAAGGACGUGAGAAUACGCCAACUGGAACUGGAACUCAAGAAUCUGCAGAACGUCCCGAAAAGCACCUGACCUCGGGGUCCCUGCCACCAUUCCUCAUCCCUCUGGCAUGUCGUGGAAUUAUCAGCAGCGGUUAUACGCAGAUUGUAAGAAUGCUAUAGGACCUUUAAAACCCACAGAGUCUGCCCCACCACCCUCAAGUGACAGAGAAACUGGAAGUUAUGUCAAUUUCCAAAAUGUUUAGCCAUAUGCACAACUAACAGAAGAGCUCAACGGGUCUGCACACUGUGCCUGAGCAGGUAUCUGGAGUGCUAAACGUGGUCCAUAAAGAUCCAGUCAUCAUCAGCUGCCCAGAGACAUGUAUACUUUAAAAAGUUCUCCAUGCUAAUGAGUCAUUUUAACAUCAUUUUACAUUAAAUACUCCAAGGUGCCUCUGAAUUAGUGUCUUUGUGAGCCUUGCCCAAUUUAGCUGCUAAGGUGGAAGUUUUUUUGGAAAAGAGCUGAGAUCAGGUACAGGCCCAUCCUCACCAGUCUAUGUGUCACUAUAUCAGCUGGAGGCUCCGUUGUGUUCCCACCUACCCUUUCCUUUCCCACCCACCCACCAAACUGCACCAUGUUGACUUUGUCCCUGUGUAUCGGAUGAUUUAUGAUACUCAGGUUAAUGAAGGUGCAGCUGGAGUGUUGGAGGCACUCUUCCAUGCUGGACGGUGACUCAAAGUGUCCUUAUAAACGAAUGGCCGCGAACAAGUUAAAGGUUAAAGAUUCGAACACUAGAGGUCCUGAACAUGCUGGAGAUCCAGAGCAGCACCCAGAAAAUGCUAGAGGAAUUCAGCAGGUCAGGCACUGUCUAGGGAGGGGAAUAAAGAAGUCAACGUUUCAGGCCAAGACCCUUCAUCAGCACUGGAAAGGAAGCCAGAAUAAGAGGUUGGGGGGGGAAGGGAAGGAAUACAAGCUGGCAGGUGAUAGGUGAACCAGUUGAGGGAGCUUUAUUUGUAACUUAUUGGUAAAGAUUAGUUUUAUUUAUCACAUGUACAUCAAAAUACACAGUGAAGUGUGUUGCUUGCUUCAAAUCAAAUCAGCGAGGAUUGUGCUGGGCUGCCCACUAGUGUUACCAUGCAUAGCAUGCCCACAACUCACUAACCCUAACACUUACAUCUCAGGAACCUGGGAGGAAACCUGAGCAUCUGUUGGAACUCUCAUGGUCAUGGGGAGAACGUACAAACUCCUUGCAGACGGCGGCGGGAAUUGAACCAUGAUCAGGGAUCACUGGCACUGUGAUAUUGUGAUGCUAACCACUAGGCUACAGUGCCACCCUUAUGUUUGCUGUUGGAAUUUGGGAAUAUAUAGUGUCUUUAGAUACUAAAAUUAAAACCAGAUCGAAAUCAGAGCACCUAUAAAUUUUGUGAGACUUGCAGACUUUGUAGACCCAGAAAAGCGGAAGAAAAGACCAAUACAUUGCCAGAGGACAAAGACAAUAAAAUUAAGGAAGUUACCCCAAACUGGAUAAAGUCCAGAGCCAGCCCAGCACAGCCCAUUUGGCCUGGUCUGAGUAUAACAUGUGUAACAUGAUUGGCAAUGCUCUCACUUGCAAUCUUGAAAAUCCUGAGUUCAAGCCUGGUUCUGGAGUUGUGGCUGGAAAACUUGAGGCUGACAGUCCAGUGACACACUGAGGGAGCACCACAGUGUUCAUGGAGCCCUCUCUCGGAUGAGCCAUUAAAUUGCACUCUUUGGGGGAUGGGAGCAGAGGAAUUACAGGGGAAUGUUUAUCUUCACUAAGAGAGAUUCUGUGGUCACCACUGACUGCUGUCUCUGGGAGUGUGCUGUACACAAAGUGGUUGUCACAACAAUGUUUUUAAAAAGUUUGUCAAUGGCUUUCUUCCCUUUUGUUCAUUUUCUCUCUUUUUUCUCUCCAUCUCUCUUCUUUCUUUGUCCAAUGUCCUUUCCAGUUUGGGGAUGAAGUUAUUCCCCUCAGCUCCCAUCUCCCUGGCAGUGAACCUUCAGUAUAAUGCUUCUGGUGGCCUUAUGGGAAUAUAAAGCUAGAAGAAGGAGGCCAUUCAGUCCUUCAUAGUUGUCCUGCUAUUCAAUAUUGUGACUGACCUCUAACUCCUGAACUCCUUUCUUGCACUAACUUUUGAUUCUGACUAGACCAUAAGAUAUACAGUAGGUACAGAAUUAGACCACUCGACCCAUCGAUUCUUCUCUGCCUUUCCAUCAUAGCUGAUUUAUUAUCCCACUCAAGCCAUUUUCCUGCCUUCUCCCUAUAACAUUUGACACCCUUAGUAAUCAAGAACCUAUCAUCUCUGCUUUAAAUAUACCCAAUGACAUGGCCUCAACAACCAUUUGUAGCAAUUAAUUCCAUAGAUUCUCUACCCUCUGGCUAAAGAAAUUUCUCCUCAUCUCUGUUCUGAGGGGACGUCCUUCUAUUCAGAGGUAGUGCCUUCCAGUCCUAGACUCCCUCACUACAGGAAACACGUCCAUUCUAUCUAGGCCUUACAAUAUUUAAUAGGUUUCCAUGAGAUCCCUUCUCACUCUUCUAAACAACAGCUAGCACAGGCCCAGAGCCAUCAAACACUCCUGAUAUGUUCAUCCUUUUGUCCCCAGGAUCAUUCUCGUGAACCUCAUCUGGACCCUCACCAGUGACAGCACAUCCUUCCUUAGCUGUUAAAUUACAACAGCUAGGAAACCAUAACAGUACAGCUAGCUCACAGUUUAGAAAUCCAGGUUGGAUCCCAGUCUCCAGUGUUGCUUGCAUGGAAUUUGUACGUUCUCCCUGUGACCACGUGGAUUUCCUCCACACACUCCAGUGUCCUCUCAGAUCCCAAAAGCACGUGGGUUGGUAGGUCAGUUGGACACAAUUAAUUAUUCCCCAGUAGGUCAGAGAUGAGCAAGAGUCCAGGGGGAAUUCAUGGGAGUGUGGGGAGAGAAAAGCCUGGGUUAAUGUAAGUGUGUACUCAAUGGUCACUGGGACUAACAAUUUGAUGUACUGCUCCUAAGGGUUUGAGGUUGCCUCUUGUGUUGAGGGCGAAUGCUUGAGCAGAGAAGUUCUUAGCUUGGAGCGGAGUGGUGUUGGUUACAGCAAAAGAUAGAAUGUUUCCUAUGGCAAGGGAGUCUAAGACCACAGAGAAGACAGCCUCAUAACAGAGGGACAUCCUUCUUAGAAUGGAGAUGAUGAGGAAUUUCUUUAAACAGAGGUGUAGAAUUUGUUGCCACAGGUAGUUGUGGAGGCCAAGUCAUUGGGUAUAUUUAAGGCAGAGGGUGAUAGAUUCUUGAUUAGUCAGGGCAUGAAGGGAUGUAGGGAAAAAGCAGGAGAUUGGGGUGAAGAGGAAAAAUGAAUUGGCCAUGAUGAAGUGGCAGAGCAGGCUCGAUGCUCCUAUAUAAUUCUGCUCCUAUAUCAUAUGGUCCUUAUGCAAAAACAAGUUCUGUUCUGUGCAACAGAUAAGGAGAAAGGCGUCUCCACUUCCCAAAUGUUGAUUUCUCUCACACAAGAAUCGCACUCCACCCAGCAGGCAUUGCGCAUGACACAAUUAGGAGCUUUCACUACACAGUUGCUUCGAAGUUUAUUAAUGAAACCCUGUGUUUUAAAAUUUUAAUUAACGUAAAAGUCAUAGAAUAGGGAAACAGGCCCUUUGGCCCAACUGGUUCAUGCAAACCAGUCCAAGCAAGCUAGUGCCUUUUGCCAGUGUUAGGCCCAUAUUCCUCAAAAUACUUAUUAUCCAUGUACCUGUCCGAGUAUCUUUUAACUGUUGUUAAUGUACCUGCCUCAACCACUUCCUCUGCAGCUCAUUUCAAGUACGGACCACUCUAGGUGACAUAGUUGUUCUUCAAGUUCCCUCUCCCUUCUCACCUUCAACUUAUGCCCUGUAGUUCUUGAAUCCUAACCCUGGGAAAACACUGUGCUUAUUCACCCUGUCUAUCGUCAUCGCCAUCAUUAAGUGCCGUGUCGUAUGACAUGGGUGAUCAUGGUCUUUCCAUGACCAUGAUUGCUCUUGGUAAAUUUUUCUACAGAAGUGGUUUGCCAUUGCCUUUUUCUAGACAGUAUCUUUACAAGGCAGGUGACCCCAGUCAUUACCAAUACUCUUCAGAGAUUGUCUGCCUGGUGUCAGUGGCAGCAUAACCAGGACUUGCGAUAUGAACCGGCUGCUCAUGUGACCAUCCACCACCUGCACCCACGGCUUCACAUGAACCUGAUCAGGGUCUAAGCAGGAGCUACACCCGCAGACCAGCAGGAACCUCACUUUAAGGAGAAAGAAAUUAGCAUUGGUUUAUUAUUGUCGCACGAACUGAGAUGUAGUGAAAAGCUUUUCUUUUGCCUGCCAUCCUUCAGAUCACGCGAUGUAUAACUACAUGUAGUGAAAAGAAAAUAGAAUGUAGAAUAAAAUGUUACAGUUAGAGAAAGUGAGGUGCAGGUGAACAAAUAAAGAACAAGGGCUACAAUGGGAGAUCAAGAGUUCGUCCUUUGGUGUACGAGAGCUCCGUUCAAGAGUCUGACAAUUCUUGCAGAAUAGAGGCUUUCCUUGAGUAUUUUUUGGUUCAUAGAGCUCUACUGUAGAGAAACAGGCCUUUUGGCCCAUCAAGUCUGUGCCAAACAUUAACUUGUAAUGGUUCAUGUUCUGUGUGCAUCUUUUGCCUGACAGUAGUUCAAAGUAAAAUUUAUUAUCAAGAGUACAGACAUGUCACAACAUACAGCCAUGAGAUUUUCCUUCCUGCAGGCAUACUCAGCAAAUCUAUAGGACAGUAACUGUAAAAAGGGGUCGAUGAGCAACAAACUGUGCAAAUACAAAUAUAAAUAAAUACUAAUAAAUAACAAGAUAAAGAGUCCUUAAAGUGAGACCAUUGGUUGUGGGAACGCCAAAACAGAAUGUGUAUAGCUAUCCUCUUUUGUUCGAGAGCCUGAUGGUUGAGGGGUAGUAACUGUUCUUGAACCUGGUGGUGUGAGGCCUGAGGCUCCUGUACCUUCUACCUGAUGGUAGCAGCCAGAAAAGAGCAUGGCCUGGGUGGUGAGGAUCUUUGAUGAUGGAUGCUGCUUUUCUAUGGUGUUUCAUGUAGAUGUGCUCAGUGGCUGGGAAUGAUGUACAGGGCUGAAUCCACUACCUUUUGUAGGAUUUUCUGUUCAAAGGUUCCCAUAGGAGGGGACCUUGAUUAUGUUGUUUGCUUUCUCGAGAUAACAUAAAUAAUGAUAAAUUGAUUUACUUUGUCAUGUGUACCAAGACAAUGUGAAAAGCCUGUAUUGCACACAGAUCAAAUCAUUGCAACAGUGCAUUGGGGUCAAACAAGGUGAAACAGUAACAAUGCAGAAUAAAGUUUUACAGCUAAUGAGAAACUGCAGUGCAGGUAAAUAAUAAGGUCCAAGGUCACAACAAAGUAGACUGUGAGGUCAAGAGUCCAACUAUCUCACUAGGAACUGUCUGGUAGCCAUAGAACAAUGAGGUAGGAGUUGUCCUUGAGCCUAGUGGUAUUUAUCUUCUGCCCAAUGGAAGAGGGUUGUGUACUGGAGAAGUUGAACAAAAAUGGGGAAAGGUGGGCAUAUGGAGCCAGCACUGUCUCGAGAUCCCUGGACUAAUUCAGACUAAACAUUUGAUCAGGUGAAGAUAUAAUCCCAAUGCCUCGGGUGAAAUUUUUGGACAGAAGCUACUACAGACUGAGGUCCAUGGAAACUAGAAAGAGAGGAGUGGAGAAAUGGACUGACAACCCACUAUUAUCAUGCCACAUCACUAUCUUGGAGACACAAGAGACUGCAGAUGCUGGAAUUCAGAGCAAAAAAUAAUCUUACUUAGGAAUUCAACGGCCAAAAAGCAUCUGUUGGGGCAAGCAAUCACCAACAUUUCAAUUCAAAAACCACUUUUCAGGUAUCCCUGACACAGAGUUUCAACCCAAAAGAUCAACAUUCCUCUCCCGCUCUUUCUCUUGUCGCCUGCCUAUGACCUCCCUCUGGUGCCCCUCCUCCUUCCCUUUCUCCCAUGGUCCACUCUCCUAUCAGAUUCCUCCUUCUUCAUUCUUUUACAUCUUCCACCCAUCCCCUCUCAGCUUCUUACUUCAUCCCCCCCUUACCAACCCACCUACCGUCCACCUCAGCUGGCUUCACCUAUCCUUCCCCUCCCACCACUCCCACCUCAACUCUUCAUUAUGGCUUCUUCCCUCUUCCAUUCCAGUCCUGAUGAAAGACCUCAGCCUGAAACAUCAACUCUUUAUCCCUUUCCGUAGAUGCUCCAUGACUUGGUGAGUCCUUCCAGCAUUUUGUGUGUGUUGCUCUGGAUUUCCAGCACCUGCAGAAUCUUUUGUGUUAACAUCAAUAAUCCUUUCUGUCCAUUGAUAGCGCUCAACUGUUGAGCUUCUCCCAAAAAUUGCUUGUAACAUCAUGAUCUUCCCUUCUUCCCAAUUCAGAAUUGGCAAAGCAGUAGAUCCCUUGAAAAGAUCACAGAAGUGUCAAUCACAUAUGGCAAAAGACCAUAUUGAUUUAUCCCAAACACUGAACUGUCCAUGACAGCAGGCAUUACAGCUAAUGACUCAAAGGAAGUUCUAUACUAACUAUUGCCUAUGCAAUACAUACUGACGAAUUUGAUCACCUGUCCCUGGAGGGGUUGAGACAUCAACAAAUAUUAAUGCAGUCUGCAGAUACAACAAGAACUCACAAACUGAAGCUUGUGAAAGCAUUAGGAAAUAACCUGAUGUCAGGUCUAUCAGAACAGUAUUCACAGGUGGGAUCUCAGUGGAACAGGUGCCCUCAAAGAGCAAGUGAGAUGAAUGGCGCUACAUGUUUUCUUUUAUGGUGUGGUCUGGGGAAAGGACACGAGCUGAGGAGAGGGAUCUUGGCUAGGAACUCCUUUCUGUAAGUUAUCCCACAGAUUUUAUAUAUACAACAAUUUUAAUCUUUUUGAUUCUGAGAUAUCAGGCUCUUCCAACCCAAUGAGCCUGGGCCACCCAAUUACUCUACACCCAUGUGACCAAUUAACUGACUAACCCAUAUGUUUUCUGAAAUGUAGCAAGACACCUAUGUGGUCAAGGAGAGAAGGUACAACCUCCUUACAGACAGUGGUGGAAUUGAACCUGUAUCACUGGCGGUGUAGCAGCAUUUAUGCUACCGUGCUGCCCUGUUCCCUUUGAACUGGGAGAGCGGGGCUGCCGCUUAAUGCUGGUUGACUUCAGAACCCCAAAACUCACAGUAACUACAGUCCAACAAUACAAUGCAUUAGCAGUGAAGGACAUCUGGAAGUUGAGGUUGAUGCCAUGGAAAUGCACGUCUUUUAUAACUGCUGGUUCUUGGCUUAUAAAAGAACUGGUUUAGAAAUGGACUUGAGCAUUAUGAGCCCUGAUGGGAAUGAAGGUGAAGGUCCUAAGUUACAAAAAGACCACUGAGAAAUCAUGCUGAGGAGCGACUGUGAAAGUGGAGAUAGAAAGGCCUAAAUAGAAUGGACGUGGAGAGUAUGUUUCCAGUAGUGGGAGAGUCUAGGACCAGAAGGCACAGGCAUGGAAAACAAGAACAUCUCUUUGGAACAGGAAUGAGGGAGAAUUUCUUCAGCUAGUUGGUGGUAAAUCUGUGGAAUUCAUUGCCGCAGACAGCUGUGGAGGCCAUGUCAUUGUAUAAAUUUAACCCAAGAGGCGAUAGGCAAAAGCAGGUGAGACAGGAAGAGUGGGUUUCGAAAAUGAUGCAGCUGCUCAGUGAGUCAGGUGAAAUAAAACAAUAAGACAUUGGAGUAGAAUUCGGCCAUUUGGCCCAUCAAGUCUGCUCUGCCAUUCCAUUAUGGUUGAUUUAUUAUCUCUCUCAACCCAGUACUCCUGCCUUUUCCCCGUAACCUUUGACAUCCUUACUAAUCAAGAACCUAUCAACCACUUUAAAUGCACCCGAUGAAUGUGUGAAGGAAGAAACAGAGCUGGUGAUUCAGAUCAAUGACCAUUUAUUCGAUGGUCAUACUACCUCUGUCCACACACCCUGUUGGCUGGUUGAGAAUGCCAGACAUGCUCUUUGAUUUAUUUCAGGUCUUGGUAGCUUUUAGCUUUUAGGCUCUGGAAUUCUGUUGGAUUACCUUCGGAAGCUAGGAUAAUUGGAUGGGUUUUAACAGCACAAAGACUGAGCUGAAGGUUUGAGGAUAGUACGGGAUUAGACAACUAAUUAGCUUUUCACAUUUCACUGAUAUCUUAAGGAACAUUGCACAACAUUUUAGCAGGUUUUGGGAGCCCACCAGUAUCUCUGUCCCAACUUGUCAGAGCAGGGUUGAUGUCAGUACUUUGUUCCAUUCUUAUCCAGUACCAUAUUGGCCUCUUCUUCCUUCAUUUACAGUUCAAGGUCAUUAGGUGGCUCCUGCCUCUUGUAUAAUCAGCUCCAAGGCUCAGUAUUGUACAUCACAUUAAAUAUUUGAUUUCUGUUUCAUCUUCAGACAGCAUAAGAGAACAAGCACGUCAAACAAAAAUUGGGCUAUCACUGUGACACACACAAAAUAAAGCAAUUUAAAACCACUGACCCUGAGCAUACAGUACUCUGCAAACAUCUUAGGCAGAUAUCUGUUGCUGGCUAAGACUUUUUGCGUGGUACUGUUGUGAUUUUUUUGUAUUGCACUGUACUGCUGCCACAAAAAAAAGCAAAUUCAAUACAUAUGUGAGUGAUGAUAAACCUGAUUCUGAUAUGGGUCUCUAUUGUGGACUGAGAGUGGGAAGGGGAUAGGGAGAGGGGAAACAUGGUUGGGAAAAGGGAAGAGAGAGGGGGGGCAGGAAGCACCAGAGAAAUAUUCUGCAAUGAUCAACAACCCAAUUGUUUGGAUUCAAAUGAUCUUGCCUGGUGUGUCUGCACCCAUGCCAUCCCCUGCCCUGGCACUCCUUUUCUGCCCCCUGUCCCACAUCCCUCCUAUGGCAUUCCACUCUCACCAUUCCCAGCAUUCUUUGCUCCCACCAGAUUUACAAACUCACUCUCCGCUCCACAUUGACAGAUACAGCACUGUGCAAAAGUCUUAGGUACCCUAGCUAUAUACAUGUGCCUAAGCAGUCCAUCAAAACCCACUGAGUGGCAACAUGCAAAUGUUCCUUUAGCGGGUUAUUACAUCACUUUCAUUGAGAUACCUAUCAAGUUCCACUAAGGUCAUGUGAAGCCAUGGGAGCUGGUGGUGGAUGGUCACAUGAGUAGCCGGUGCAUAUCACAGGUACUGAUUAUGAUGCCAGGCAGCCAAUCUCUGAAGAGUAUUGAUCAUGGCUGGGGGUCACCUGUCUUGUAAAGACAUUGCCCAGAAGUCAAUGGCAAACCACUUCUGUAAUAAAAUUUACCAAGAGCAAUCAUGGUCAUGGAAAGGCCAUGAUUACCUAAGUCAUACAACAUGGCACAUACUGAUGAUGAUGAUCUAGUUCCAAGGCCCUUUCUGGGAGCACUUCCAAACAAAAGUUUGUGCAGAGCCACAUGGAGAGUUUCAGAACAGAAGGACAAAAGCACGGUUUUCCGAAGAACCUUACAAGUGGUGGAGAAGUUCAGGGAAGAGAUUCCAUUGUUUGACCUUGGCCGACAGUGGGAGUGUGAUCAACUUUUUGAAGGGCUGAGAGGCCAGAGUUAGAGAUCUCAUGGGAUUUGUAGGGCUGAAGAAGUUUACUAAGAUUUGGAGGAGGGAUUGAAAGUGAAAGCAGCAUUUGAAAUGGAGACAAUGCUUCCAAGAGUGACUGGGGCUGUCUGUGAGUUUGGGCAGCAGGUUUGGAUUGAAUCAGAACAGUUUGGUUUUAGUUCUAAAGUGUCUCCAGAGGGAGGGAUGCUGUUUGUUGGUGCUCGUGGACUAAAAUUCAUGAUGGCACUAUAGACAGUUGCUUUGAAGUAACAUAACUGUGUGUAAUAAUGAGAAAUUAGAAUUUUAAGACAAUUAAUAAAGUACCGAAGAUUGAGCAUAGAACAUUACAGUACAGACUCUUCGACCUGUAAUGCUGUGCCGAUGUUUUAAUCUUGCAUAGCACCCCAUUUUCCUUUGAUCUAUGUGCCUUUCUAAGAGUUUAUUAACUGCCCCUAAUGUAUCUGUCUCUACCACUACCAGUGGCCCAGUGUUUCAUGCAUUCAUCAUUCUCUCUGUAAAUAACUUACCUCUGACAUUCCCCCCCCCCCAUACUUUCCUGCAGUCACCUUAAUAUUAUGUCCCUUUGAAAUAGCCAUUUCCGCCCUGGAAAAUAACACUGGCUGUCUACUAGAUCAUGUUUCUUAUCAUCAUGUAUGCCUCUAUCAAGUCACUUCUCAUCCUCUUUCUCUCCAAAGAGAAAAGCCCGAGCUCACUCAAUCUUUCCUCAUAAAAUAUUCCCCCUAAUCCAGGCAGCAUCCUGGUAAAUCUCCUCAGCACCCUCUCAAAAGCUUCCACAUCCUUCUAGUAUUGAGGUGACAGGAACUGAACAAACCAUUCUAAGUAUAGUCAAACCAGGGUCUUGUAAAGCUGCAAUAUCACCUCACGGACCUUGAACUCAAUCUCCUGACUAAUGAAAGUCAACACACCAUAGGCCUCCUUAACAAUCCUAUCAGAGGGCUGUUUCAUCUCAGGAAGUUCUCCAGGGAAGAGGGAUCUGUUGCUCAGCGAUCAACCACUGUGUGUGAUUUCUUUCAAUCCCUUAAAUGGGUCAGUGAGCACUCUCUCCAUAAGUGUAAGGAACGCUAGCCUCAGAUGUUACUCCCAGACUAAGUGUGGGAGCUUGUCUCGCUCUCAGCCUGCACAUAGUGAUGGGAGAAUACAUUGACAAGUCCAGAGUGUAAACACUUCAAACUUAAUACUUGCUUGGGCCCUGGGAGAGCAUUUUAUUAAAGUGAUGAUCUGAGGGCUGGCAGGAAAUUCAGGAAUUAUCACAGGCUGAGUCAGCCAACAUUUAUUACCUAUCUCUUGUUGCUCUUGUGAAGAUGGGGGAUGUGCCAUCUCUUGAGGGAUGGACAUGCUUCCACGGUGCUCUAAAGGAGCGCCUUUCAGAAUUUAGAUCCAAUGAUGAGGAAGGACCGUCAAUUGAACUCCAAUUCAGAAGUUUCAGAUUCAGAUUCCAAUUGUUCAGUCACCUAGGAUUUAUGUGGUCUGAAAUUAUUAACUUAAAAAUUGGUUUAGAUCACAGGUUCCCAAUCUGGGGUCCACAGUCCCCUUGUUAAAUGAUAUUGGUCCAUGGCAUAAAAACAGGUUGGGAGCCCCUGGUUUAGAUAUUUUAAAAAGUAAUAAAGGUGGGGGAAUAAAACACUGGCUGUGGUCCCAGGGUUAGCAUAGAAUAUUGAAUAGGUCCUGGCAGCUAAAAACAUGGCCACCACCGUCUAAAAAUUCAAAGUUUGAAGUAAAUUUAUUAUCAAAGUACAUAAAGCAUUUGUCACCAUAUAGUACUUUGAGAUUCAUUGUCUUAGAGGCAUUUACAGGAAAAUAAAGAAAUACGAUGGAAUUUAUGAAAAGGUAUACAUAAACAAAAACUGACAAACAACCAAUGUGCAAAAGACGACAAAUCUCGCAGAUUAAAAGAAGUAAAUAAAUAAUACUGAGAACAUGGGUUGUAGAGUCCCUGAAAGUGAGUCCAUGGGUCGUGGAGCCAGUUCAGUGCUCUACAUGUAACCUCACUGUGAUUACAACUGCUGACAGUCAAGAGGUCAGUCUUGAAACAUACCAAUACUUUGGGUGCUGAUAGGAUUGGAGAAGAUUAAAGAGAUAGAAAUGAUGGAAAGAUUUGAAAUGAAGAGGAUUAUAAAAUCGAAGCACUGUUUAACAGGAAUUGGAAUAUGGUAAUCCAUAACCUCAGCCUUAACUCCAAUAAUUAUACCUCACUCUAAAAUCUUAUGCUUAUCUACACUUUGUUGAAUGAUAAAUAUUUCCAAAAAUAAUCCAGUUUGCUAAUGUACACCUGUCGUGGGUCAGCCAAUGGAGAUGUGGAAACUUGACAGACCUACACAGGCAGCUCUCAUUCCAAAUGUGGAUGCAGGAAUCAGGAUUGGAUAUAAGAGAAUAUGAACUGAAUUACAGUCAUCCCUGCACAUUCUCACCUGGUUAUACCCGUAAGCUACUCAGUUAUGGCCCUGGACAUGAUUAAUUAAAGGCACUAUUAAAAUAAUUAAUUGGCAAACAUUUUAGUACAAGUCAAAUUCGUUAUCGGUCUCUAAUGAAGCUGAUGGUGUAUUGGUCCUUUAGGCUGAAGCAAAAGCUCAGUCAAUUCUUGCAAGGGAAAUCAUGAGACCACACAAUAUACUGUGAGCACACAAUUCUUCAAACACACACACACCUUCAUGCGCUGCUGAGCAGUACAAUACAUUGUGAACACACAAUUAUUCACAUACUCUCUGACACCUUCAUAUACUAUGCUGAACAGGGAUUUACAUAUAACAGCAUAUGGGGCCCCUUCUCCAACAGAAAGUGAGCUAAUCUCAGUGAGGCAUUGGUAGCUUGCUCUGUUGUGUCUUUGCCUGAAUUACUGAAAUCUCCUGGAAGAGGACUGCAUAAGUGUCUACAUAUUCUAGCCUCCAUGCCCAGCACAUGCUGGUAAUGUUGAUAAUGGGAUGAGUACAAUUUUUGCAGAAGGAAAUACAUCUUUCUGAGAAGGUCAUAGGUUCCAGAGCGACUCUGGUGAGGGAAUGCAAGCCAAGAAACACUUUCAGUGGGAGGAUCCUUUUAGUCAUUCUACAAGUGAAUCAGGAGGGAAGAAUAUUAGAACAUUGGGAUCUAAAAUGGCCACUUAUUAAGGAGGGUGACUUAGUUAUAAGGCCAUGCUAAUUUACCUGAUCUAAUGGGAUCAGCAAGUUUUGAUGCCUUCAUAUAUGGUUAGUCAAUGAGUUAGAUGUCUCCCCCUGUGGAUUACCCUGAAUAGAUGAUAGUUAAAGACUCUGUGAUACCUUUGUACAUUUUAUUUUUGCCCUUGUACAUUUUACCCCACUAUCAUUGUGUAAUGUGAAUAUCCUUGUCAACAACUAAUGAAGUCUAAAUCACUGUGAUUUUACUUUCCUGAAAUAAGUCACAUAAACUGCACUCUGUAACCGAUUACACAAAUAAAAUAUUGUUUUCUCA